AUGGCGCCCCCGCACGCGCGCCGCCCCCCGCCGUCGCCGCCGCGGCCGCUGCUGCUGCUGCUGCUGCUGCUGCUGCUGAGCGCCCGGGCCCGCGCCGAGCCCCCCGCCGGGAGCGCCGUCCCCGCGCAGAGCCGCCCGUGCGUGGACUGCCACGCGUUCGAGUUCAUGCAGCGCGCCCUGCAGGACCUGCGCAGGACGGCCCACAGCCUGGACGCGCGGACCGAGACCCUCCUCCUGCAAGCUGAGCGCCGGGCCCUGUGUGCCUGCUGGCCCCCCGGCGGCUGAGGACCGCGCAGCCCUGCCCCCCAAUAAACUCAUGACCCGGCCAGCCUGUGUCCUGUCUU